AUGCUCCUAUCCAUCUUUCUGAUCUGCUCAAAAUCAGAGGUAUAUUCAUCAGGCUCCCAUAGCACCAACAUUGCAAGUGGUGAAUUUAUAGUCAUUGAUAUUGAGCCGAAGACGUUUUUGAUAUUUCAUAAUCCAAAAGAUUUUACAGGUCAAGUCAAAGCUUCCCAAGAUACAAUAUUAGGAAGUAAUGAUACAAUUGGUCUUAACUUCACAACAUACAAUGGAUCAUUUACUGUUACAAAUCCAAAUAAUGUAGCAAAAACAUGCUAUUUUACAAUAUUUCAGUAUGGUGAUUUAUAUUCUGAUUGCAAGAAUGUGAUUACAUAUGUCGGUUCUGGAACCCCUUACAUUAUAAAGAGUUCAACAUCAACUUUUAGCGAAGAAGCAAACAUUACAAUGGCUGAUAACCAAGAAAUUUGUCUCCUUUACGUAAAUCCUCAAAAAUUAACCUUUACUAUUACAACAUCUGGAUUAGAUCCUGAUGACGAACUUAAUUAUACAAAUGACGAGCUUGGAUCAAAUAGUUUAAAGAUGAAUUAUUCACAGACAGAAGAAUUUACUUCAACCUUUGCAUUUGCACAUUGGUCUUCCGAUUCUCAGUUGAAUCAAGGCUAUAUAAAACUAUCAUCUACAUACAGUGAACUUCCACAACAAGUAACUGUUUCUGGAAUAAUUGAUAAUGAUUCAAUUUUAUUUGUCGAAUUUAUUGAUCCUUCUAAGUAUUAUUAUGAUUCUGAUGGUAUUUCCACAGGUGCUAUUAUUGGUAUAGCAUUUGGUGGCUUCAUAUUUGUAGUUGGCGCUGUCGCAAUUUUAAUCUGUGUCAGUAUGAAGGCAAAGAAGAGAGUUUCAGGCGAUGAGACAGAAAACCAACUCACAAAUAUCAAGAGUACAUCUACUGUCUAUUUCUUCCCAAUCCAACAUACUGGAAAUAGCAAUUCAGAUAACGGUAAUGAUAAUGAUACAACAAACACUGAAGACCAACAGAAGGUCCAUAUAAACUCCGAAAAAUCAACAAAUCAACCUCUUGUUGAUGAUGACGAAAGUAGUUGA